CCAAGCAACGGCCGCCGCGCGCUCACGUGACCGGCCAACGGCCCGGCGCGGGGCGAUGACGUGACGGGGCGGGGCCGGGCGGCAGCGCUGCGGGGAUGGAGGAGAGGGAGCGGCUGUGGCGGCAGAUCCGGCUGCUGCAGGGUCUUAUAAACAACCAUAAAAACACGCAUGGGGACGUGCCGCGGCCGCUGCCAUCGGCGGCACUGAGGUGGAACAAUCCCCGCCAACCUGCCUUCAGGAGGGGGACGUUUUCGGCCAGGUACCCCCAGCAGCCCCCCAGGGAUUUCCAGCUGCACCAAGGUCCCUCCUGGAGGAAAAAAUAUUCCCUUGUCAACCGGCCGCCGGGGUCGGCGUGUGACAUUGGAAGCGGUGGAAGUGCCAGCACGUCUUGGGCUUUUGGAAGCCGUGGGGACAGCCAAGCCCCCGAGCCACCAGAAUCAUCCCCGGAAAGACAUGUGGACUUAACCACAGAUGGAAAUAUCGUCGUGGGGAUCCAGCUUCCUCAGAGAGCUGACCCGUUUGGAGAUGCGAAAGAUUUUGACGAUGUGGGUUCUUACUGUGAAUUUUCGGGGCUGAAAACACUCGUCACUGUGCCGGGAGACAGUAAAGAUGCGCAGAAAUCUCUGUACAUGAGCCAAAGUGAAGAGAGACGACCCUCUCUCUCCAUUUCAUUCAACUCAUCUCACCGGUUUGUGAGUUCAGCGUACGUGAGCGUGCCGGAUAAGCCUCGAAUAGUGUGUCAGGCAAGCGACGUGGUUGCGAACUCCUCGACCUCCUGUGCAAGCACCAGCGAAAGCGCUGUGACGCUGAAAUCGGAGCCGCAGCAACUUUCAGUGGUGCCGGAUCGUGAGCCGGCUCAACACUUGGUUCGGGUGAAGGCAGAACCGCUGGCUCCAGGGCAAGCCGAUUGUGAGCAGGUCACGGAUGCUUCCAGAGAACUGAAGCUCCUUGGAAACAACGCAAUGCACUCCAGGCCUGCUCAAACCGCAGCUUUGGUGGCUGGGGUGGCUCCAAUGAAAAGCAGGUUUUCUGUAGUCCCCAAAACCGCUGCUCUCCAAAGAGCUGCCUCGAUACCCAUCUCUGGCAAAGCUCCGAAGUUUAGGAAAACUAAUUACACGUGGGUCGCAAACCCUGGGAAAUGCUCUCGUCCUGUGAAGAGGUGGGUGAGCCCCAGAGCAUCAGAAAGCACUAAGAAGGUCAACGCUGGAGCAGAAAAAGUUGCUAAACUAUCGCUGAAAGCUGACUUGGGUGCAAAACUGAAGAAAUCGGGACUCCAGUCCAAACUGGGUGUUUCUCCCAGUAAAUAUAAGUGGAAAGCUUCCAGCCUGCAGGCCUUGCCUUCCACCUCUAAAUCGGCGUUCAGGUGGCGAUCCGAGGAUCACAAAAAACCUCCGGCCCUUGAUCUCCUUCGAACCAGCGCCGUCCCGGCGCCUCUGAGCGCAGCGUCUGGUGUCGGUCUCGGCGGGGCCAAGUCCUCCUUGGGCGAUGCUGCGUUGUCCAGUUACAAAGUGAAGAGUCGGACAAAAAUCAUCAAGAGAAAAGGAAAUUUGGGUUCCCCGCCGGAUAAGAAGAGCAGCUCCUUGCCCACCGCGCCUCAGAAAAGCCACUUCCACCUCAGGAAGAAAAACUCCUCGCGGGGAAAACCCGCGACGCCGAAACGUUCCUCGCCCAAAGGUCUGGUGCAGAUCACCAAGCACAGGCUCUGCCGCCUGCCGGGCUCCACCAGGGAAGGAGCCAACUUGCACUUUGGACGGAGCCCCCAGGGCAACAAAGUGAUAAAAACUCGCUACAGGAUAGUGAAGAAGAACGUGGUGUCUCCAGCUGUAUCAUCCUUCAGCAGCCCCGUUCCCAACUGGAAGACGAGGCGUUCGGUGACAUCCAGGUCCCCGUUAUUAAACCAAAUGCGCCCAUCGCUUCAAGGAGGCAAAUCCCAGCAUAUGCAACAGAGAUGGAGGAGCAAAGGCUAUCGCUGCAUCGGCGGCGUCAUGUACCAAGUGUCGGCGAAUAAACUCUCCAAAACAUCCAGUACCCCUGGCCGGGGCAGAGACCUGAGUGCCAAGAGCCCUGGAAGAGCAGAUGGAGAUACCACAGGUCUCCAAGUUCAUGAAGAGCUGCCAAGCAAAGGAAGGAUGUCUUCUCCAUGGCCAGCGCGGUUGCUUUGUACCCCCAGUCCUGGCUCCUCUCCGUCCAGCUGCCUGAACAGAUCAGCGACGAGCCGAUACAUUGCCAGCCGUGCCGUUCAGCGGAGUUUGGCCAUCAUUCGUCAAGCCAAGCAGAAGAAAAAGAAGAAGGAAUAUUGUAUGUACUACAACCGCUUUGGCAAAUGUAAUCGCGGAGAGAGCUGCCCCUACAUACACGAUCCAGAGAAGGUGGCUGUCUGCACCAGGUUUCUCCGUGGCACGUGCAAGAAGACGGACGGGACCUGUUCGUUUUCCCACAAGGUGUCCAAAGACAAGAUGCCGGUGUGCUCCUACUUCUUGAAGGGGAUCUGCAACAACAGCAACUGUCCCUACAGCCAUGUCUACGUGUCCAGGAAGGCAGAAAUAUGCCAGGAUUUCCUCAAAGGCUAUUGCCCCAUGGGAGAAAAGUGCAAGAAGAAGCACACACUGGUUUGCCCUGACUUUGCCAAGAAAGGUUCCUGCCCCAGAGGUGCCCAGUGCAAGCUGCUGCACCCCCAGAAGAAGCGUCACCCAAGAGAGGCUGAAGAUGGGGACCAGAGCGAUCCCCCUGCCAAGUGGAGACGGCUCAGGGAGGAGACAGGCAGGAAUGAUCCAGCUCAGCUCCACGAUGAUGGCGAAAUGCCAGGACCAUCCAGCACGGAGCAAGAGGUGAAGUUCUGGAAAAAGGCGAACACCUCACCGACCAGUUGGCUGCGAAAGCUGCCGUCCUUCAUCUCCCUCCAGUCCUCAUCCUCUCCCGGUGACCAGGGCUGCAAGGAGGAGAAAGAUGAGGAUGAAUUGGAGGAUGAACAAGGCAGCACCAAACGGAAGAGAACUUUGGCGCCGGACCCCGAAAACACCCGUCUGGAGGAGGGCGGCCGAGGCAAACAGCUGCAGAUCAAGCCCCGUUUGUGAGCACGACCCGACCCCGCGGCAGCCGAUCAGCUCAGGAACCGCAGAGCCGGGCACCACCCGGCACCUACCUCAGGACGCAGCAGCCGGACGCGACACCUUCGUUUCAAUUUGUUUUUCAGGGACACUUUCUUUUUGGCGAGGAGCCGCGUGGCAACGUGGGGAAACACCACCCAUUCCCACAGGGAAGUAGUUUUGUUUGAAAUGUCUUAAUUCGCCAAUAAAUUCUCUUUUCGCCCGGUUUAUUGAAGGCAAGCUCCUCGGAUGCUCGCGGGGUUGGGAAGAUGCUCUGGUCCCCACUGAUCCUCCUGGAGAUCGCAGCUCACUGUGAGGUGACAUGGGGACCUGAGAAGCUUUAAUGCCAUCAGGCGACGUGCCCACAUCCAGGUCAGCCACUGUAUUGGGGACAAGUGGUGACAAGUCACCAUGCUGGGAUGUAAUGGGGUGUAAAGCCCCCGUGCGGAUCAUCCCCCAUCUCCCCGUGCUGGGACCCCCCUGCAUCAUCCAUCCCUCUUCAUCCUCUUGGUUUUAGGAGGAGGUUUCUCGUGUGCCAAGAGCAUCCCUAGUGGAAACAUGGAGCUCCCACCAAACGCUCCAGCAGCACGUCAGGGUCCCCCAUGGCCACUUGCACCCUGACCCCCACCUCUCCCCAUCCCAGUGGGUUUUGCUCUUCCUUGAGAGUCCCAAACUGGCUCUUUUUGUGGGUUUUUUAGGGGUCACUCCAACCACAAGCAGGAUUGUGCCAAGCUGAGCACUGCUGACCGGCACAAUGGGGUUUUGAGUCCGUGGGUAUGAUUUCCAGGGGGAUUUUUGGGGUGGGGGAUGCCAUUCCCCUACACAGACACAAUUUUGGGGAACAGCUGCAGAUCUCCCCUUGCCAAGAGAUGCUGAGAAGCAGGAGCGGUGGGAUUUGCUCCUUGACCGCAGCAUCUUCAGGGAAAAGGCAUCAGCGGGGACACGGGUGGGUGCAGGGGCUCCCUGGGGACCUGGGUGUCUCUGCUGGGGGUGGGUGACGGAGCCACCACAAUGCUCAGAUAAACCAAUUUUAUUCGUUCCUCUCACCUCCCUGGGUUUCUGCGACUGAACCAGCAAUGGGGGGUGGGUUUAGUGCCACUUGGAGACCAGUUUGGGGUGUCACAUCCCCAGUGUCCCUCCAACCAUAGCGGGUCCCCCCACCCCGGGCUGCACUCAUACCCCUGCGUGUGUCCAACGAGCCGUUUUUUGAUAGAAAUGUCAUAGUCCUCGUUGAUAUUAAAUGUCUUUUAUUAACUGGUGUGUUUUGAUAUGUAAAUAAAGAGUUUCUUCCCCA